AUGGCUCUCCCAAAGCCCGUAUACCCGCUGAGUGAGCACUGCUCAAUCAUCUACGAGAACACGCUUUACGUAUAUUCGCCAUCUGGAUUCCAAUCGCUAAAGCUUGAAGAAGGGGCAGAAUGGAAGGCGCUGCCUAUGGACAUAUCGCUUACCGGAGCGCAAUGCGUGAAGGCAGUGCCCAAGGGGGACGCCGCAGCUGCUAAGCUGUUCAUUGUUGGAGGACGCGUCAACGAGACCGCUUCGACGUGGAACUAUCCCGGAUUGAUGCACUACACAUUCUCCAAGAAGAAGUGGGACUGGCAACGGUCUGAGAGCUGGAACACACAAAAUCGCGUCAACCAUGACGCUGUCUACCUACAAGACUCACAGAAGAUUCUCGUCUACGCAGGGUCGCAGACAGAGGGGGACAACGGCCCAUCGUCGGAAUCCUUCCUAAUGUCCACUGUCGAGCCCUACUCGGUAUCGAGUAUGCCGCCGUCCGGCGCGCCACUCUCCGUAAAGCCCAUGCUGAUGAACUCGGACGCAAACUCUGCGAUAUUAGUCGGUGGUGGCGCUACCAACACUGCGGUAUGGAAGUUCAGCGAAGCAUCAGGAUGGAAAGAUCUCGGCGUCAGCCUGGAACAACCGAUCGUUAACGCCGAUGCUGUCAAAUGCUCAAUAGUCUCCAAUAAAGACGGAAGGAUCUCUCUGGAGAAGUUCGACAUGAGUGUAACACCGAACGCCGUGGAACGAAUCCUCCUCGUGAACAAGGACGGAUCGCCCGCAGCCCCGGGAACUCUUGCCGGUGGGGACAAGGUGAAGCGUGUAGUCAUCGAUGACUGGUCAAAGUACAACGACACACUCGCACCGACAGUUACACGGAACGGUUACUCGUUAGCACAAGGCGAGGAUGGCACCACCGUUGCAAGUGGUGGCAACCCCGAUGAGCCCAUUGCUGUCUUCGACGCAAAAGAGAACGCAUGGAUGAACGCGACAGCGCUGUUCUCUGGACAAGAGAUCCUAGUGAACUCGAUAUCAUCUUCAAGCGCAUCAUCGACACCGACCGCGACUGCAUCCGUAUCAGCGACGCCCAGUGCCAGCACCACAGAAGCAGUCGGCCCACCACCGGCUCCCCCUAGCAAUAAGGGAAAGAUGUUGACUGUACUUGGCGCUACACUAGGUACGAUCUUUGGCAUCGCUGCUAUCCUGAUCCUCAUUCUGUUCUGCCUCAAGUACAGGAAGAACAAGAGCAAACAGAACCCAGGGUACAUUGAGAAGAACGAUCGCAUGAGCUUUGCCGACCGCGGCGCUGCUUUCAUGAAGGAGGCCGGUGGAGCUGUCGUGACUUACCAGCCAAAACACAACAACGACUCUGUCACAUCGCUUGCCAUCAUCCAGGGACGUGGUAGCAACAACGGCCACAAGAAGAAUGUUGCGAGCGAUGCUAGCACAGCAGGACUUGUGAAGAAGAGCAGUCCGCUUGGCUACUCUGAAGGUUACAACGAACCCUACGAGCUUGCCAAGUUUGACCUCAAGCCGGAGCCUGUCGAGCCCAUGGUUCGUCAGAACUCUAGUCGGAACAAGCCCGCACCAAGAGCACGUAGCUCAGGCUGGAGUCGGUACUUCGCCAACAACGAAGCUACAAACCUCGCAAGUGCACCGCCUGCUGACCGUUCUACCUUCGCGUCAGACCGAACAAGUACCGCCAGCCAGUCACAAUACACCAACUCGCGCAUGUACAGCUCGCGUCCAUCACAACACAUCGCUCCAUUAGAGAUCCCCAAGUUCAACGACGGGCAGCGUCUAAGCCGAGUUGCCAGUGGAAGUCCAACGCUUGGAACCCCCAACAGUGUCAUUCCACAUGGUGUUCAGCCCAUGCAAGCAGAGCUUGCUCGCGCCAACUCGAAUGCCAGCACAGUAUCUGCUCUCAGUCACGACGGCUACCUACGCCACCCCGUAGAAAGCUGGACUCCAGUGGGCGAUGACCGACGGACGAGCAGUCAGUACACUGGUAGCAUGGUCAUUGACUCUAACAAGUACGAUGGCGCUAGCUCGUAUUACCCCGACGGCACCGAUUCGUUCUACCCCAAGAGCAACUUUUCCUCCUUCUACCCCGGCCAAGGCGACAACCCAUCCACCGUUCCCGACAUGCGCGACAGCACGUUCACCAUGUUCCCAUCAGGCAACGCACCACCCGCACCAACAGAGGAGAUGCCCAAGAGCAAGUUCAGCUCGAUGUACCCCGUACCACCACGUCUCGGUCUCCCACAAGAUCGCGAGAGCACAGCAACCGUGUUCCCAGGUGGUCCCGGUGGUGCACAAGGAGGCAAUGCUCAGGCGGCGCUACCAAGCCCCAAGUUCAACUCCUUCUACCCACCACCCAAAGUCGGGCACGAGAGCUCAGCCACCCUCUUCCCCGGCCCGGGUCCCAACCAAGGCAACGGAAAGGAGCAAUCCGACAUGUCAUGGCUAAACCUAGGCCAAAGCAGAUAA